AUGGAAAAAAAACGAAGAGAAUGGAAGCAAGAGUUUUCUGAAUAUGUAGGAAAGGAAAAUGAGAAAUCAAAUCAGCUGGAAAAGGAAGGAAAUCAGAAUAAUGAGAAAUCAUCAUCUGGGUUCGCCGAUCUGGCGAACCCAAAGGAGAAAUCAUCAGGGUUCUUCGGAUCUGGCGAACCCAGAGGAGAAAUCAUCAGAGUUCGCCAGACGGCGAACCCUUCAUCUGGGUUCGCCGGGGAACCCAGAGGAAAUGGGAACAGACCCGCCACCGGCGGGUCUGUUUUACUUCAACAGGAAGCAUCAAGAACAUGCAUCUUGUCUAAGCAAUGGCUUCAUGUUUGGCGCGAAACCACCAACAUUGAGUUCAAUGAGAAUUUCUUUCAUGCACCUCAAGAAGCUGAUGAAGAAACCCUAAUCAUGCAACGAAACGUUUUCAUCCGUUUUGUUAGGCAGUUUAUUACAAACUACCCACAAAAGAGUAUUCAAAGAUUUGCAUUAACUUGCUCAAAUCCUCAAGAAUUUCUUCCGGACGUGAAAGCUUUUGUCGGUUUCGCCCUUUCGCGUAACGUGACCGAGUUAGAGUUAGAUUUCUCAAACCCUAAUUGGAGAGAAGAUGAUGACCAUAGUCAUGAGUCAUCAUCAAUGUUUGAAUUACCUGUUGAAACUUAUGAACUGAUUAAGGGUAGUGUUGUUUCGUUGAAGUUGUUUGCAUGUCGUUUUGAUGCAUAUGGGGUUUCUAAUUUUAGUAUUUUGAAGAGUGUUUCUUUAGGUUGGAUAGGUUUAAGUAUUUGUUCAAUUAAGUGUGUUUUGGUUAAUUGUCCUUUGAUUGAGAGUUUGAGUUUAAAAAAUUGUUGGGGUUUACAGAGUUUUGAGAUUCCUUCACCGAGCUUGAAGCUCAAGACUUUUGUGAUUGAUAAGUGUAAUUUAAUUGAAGAUUUUUUUAUGAUUGAAGGGUCGAAAUUAGAAUUCUUGAAAUAUUCAGGGACUAUAGCGCCAUUUUACAUAUCGAGUCCAAGAAAUUUGAAAGAGGCUGAUCUUGAUUUUGGAUUACAGACUGAGUUUGAUGCAGAUUUUGGCUAUGUUCUCUAUGAUUUCUUACAAGAAAUUUAUGCUGCUAAAGUUUUGACUCUAUGCAGCGUUUUUCUUCAGAUAAUUCCUCAAGGAGAAGAGCCAUUUGGUUUCCAAGUCUCGCUAGAUGUACGUCAUUUGAUACUGAAAACUGCAAUGCACUUCAACGAAUAUUUUGGCAUCAGAUUCAUGCUUAAUAGUUGUCCAUUGCUUGAGAUCCUUACAUUUGAUAUUGGCCCUGCAAUUAUUUUCCAUGAUUAUACACCUCCCUUUCAAUUUAAUCCUCAUGAUUUUUGGUUAAAGAAUUUGAUUGUUCUAAAGUGCGUCAAAAAAAGACUCCGAGUGAUAAAUGUAAAAGGAUUUAAAGGAACAUGGAAUGAACUAUAUGUAUUGAGAUAUUUAAUUCAUUUUGGUGACAAACUUAAAAGAGUUAACCUUUAUAUCUCCAAUGAAGAAGGUGAUAAUGGUGAAAAUAGAGAGACUUACUUGGCAAGAACUCAGUUUCUUUUGAAGAUUAGACAGCCUCAUCAACAUCUACCAGUAUUGUCUUUUCUAUAA